UUAAUCAGAGUCUGUCGGUCUGCUUGAACCGAAAAUGUGGGGUCCGCUGAGGACGCGCUACGGGGCGGACUGGAGCGGCUCGGAGGCGAGCGAGGACGCGGAGAUAGUGGUGAACAUCGGCGGCGUGAAGCAGGUGCUGCACGCGGACGCGCUAAAGCGCUACCCGGAGACGCGCCUAGGCGAGCUGGCCAGCGCGUCGGCGCACUGCGGUCCGGACGAAGUGGCCGAACUGUGCGACGACUACGAGCCCGGAAACCCUGGCGAGUUCUUUUUCGACAGGGACCCGGACGCCUUUCGCUGCAUCGUGGAGGUGUAUUACUACGGCGAGGUGCACAUGAGGCGGGGCAUGUGCCCCGUGUGCUUCAUGGAGGAGAUGGAGUUCUGGCGCGUGGACGCCGAGCUGCUGGACGAGUGCUGCCAGAGCUGCGUGAGCGAGGCGCGCGACGAGCUGGAGGAGAUCGGCGAGAAGGUGCGUGCAAUGCUGGAGCGCACGGAGGAGGGAGGAGGCGGGACGGCCUCCCGGCGCGAGCGGUGCCGCGCUUGCCUGUGGAAGCUCAUGGAGAAGCCCGAGUCGUCUCUGGCCGCGCGCGCAAUAGCUGUGGCUUCUUUCUUCUUCGUGCUGCUGUCGUCGGCGGCCAUGUGCGUGGGCACCGUUCCCGAGCUGUACGUGUGCUGCGACGAGACGGGCCGUCAGGCCGAGCACCCGGCGCUCGAGGCCGUGGAGACGGCGUGCAUGGCCUGGUUCACCGCAGAGUAUGCGCUGCGCCUGGCCGCGGCGCCCGACCGCGCGCGCUUCGCCCUGUCUUUCAUGAACGUGGUGGACGUGCUGGCCAUCGUGCCCUUCUAUGUGCUGCUGGCCCUCACGCAGGUGGGCGCGCGCCUCGGUGCGCUGGAGCUGGCCGACGCGCAGCAGUGCGUGCAAGCGCUGCGCGUGCUGCGCGUGGCGCGAGUGCUCAAGCUGGCGCGCCACUCGUCGGGCCUGCGCACGCUCACGCACGCGCUGCGCAGUAGCGCCAAGGAGCUGGGCCUGCUGCUCACCUACAUGGGCGUGGGCAUCUUCCUGUUCGCCGCGCUGGCCUACACGGUGGAGCACGGCCACCCGGACACCAUGUUCACCAGUGUGCCGCAGUCCUUCUGGUGGGCCGUCAUCACCAUGACCACGGUGGGCUACGGUGAUGUCUACCCCAAGACCACGCUGGGCCGCUGCAACGCUGCCGUCAGCUUCCUGUGCGGCGUGGUGGCCAUCGCGCUGCCCAUCCACCCCAUCAUCAACAACUUCGUCACCUUCUACAGCAAGCAACGCGAGCUCGAGAGCGCAGCCAAGCACGAGAUUGCGCUUAUGGCGCUGCGCUCCAGGGAGGAAGAGGAGCGCGAGGAAGGCUCUCGAAGGCCAGAACAUUUGACCGUGUGUGCAUCCCACAGCUAUGCCCACAUCCCCUUACUGGAGGACCCAUCUCAGAGCUUCUCUGGAACCGCUGCCUGACUGCUCCAGAGGCUGCCGAUGCUCCUCAGCUGGUGGCUAAAUGAAGAGUCCACCAUCACCCUGAAGCUUCAGUCAUGUCUUCUAACGAACUUCAAGAACCUGCAUGGACCCCUAACCUGCUUUAUGAACUCCUUACAUAAUCAACAUGAUCAACCAUCCAACAGAUCUUGAUGGCUGUGUGUGUUUCCACGACAUUUAUUCACUGGCUGAUCUUUCCUCUGUAUGAUCUGUGUGCCUCUGUCUAAUGUGUUUAAACUCGUACUGCUACUAUCGUAACUCCUGUCCUGUGCAGAUCAGAGGAGGACAGGCUUUGAGUCUUCUUCAUGCCUCAGUUGGCUUCAGUUUGCUCACUAGGGCUCUGGAGUUGGAUUUCUGUACAGCUUCUUUGAGACAAUGUCUGCUGUAAAAAGCUUAAUGUAAAUAAAUCUGACUGGAAUUGAACUGAAAGCAUUCAGACAUGCAGCUAGAACUAGAGGAGAGCAGACUGUCAUUACAUGUCAAUACAGGAUGGCACUGCUGUUGUUAUGGCUCCACAUGUUAACAGUGAACUGUAUUUAACUUCCAAGAGUAACAGGGGUUUCACACUGAGGAUCAGGUUUUGUCCUUUAAGCUCAGAUGAAUAAAAUAGAUGAAAGGGCGGGUCCUGA